AUGGAGCAACCACACAAAACCCAUCAUAAACCCUCUGCGGGCACGAAGCAUGCCAAGAAAGAUGCGGCGGCAGGGAUCGAUAGGACCGGAGGCAAAGGUUUCAACCCCAAGGCCUUCACGAACACUUCAUUCCGAGCUGCAGAUCGUGCAGCAAGGAGAACAGCAGAAAAAGAUCAAAAGAGAUUACAUGUACCUCUAGUCAAUCGAAACCCGGAAGAAAGAAAAGUCACUUCUCAAAAGGGAAAAGGAAUGGAUGAAGGCAAAUUACCUCCACCCCCAAUCAUAGUCGGUCUAGUAGGUCCUCCAGGUGUAGGAAAAUCAACUUUAUUAAGAUCAUUGGUGAGGAGAUUUACGAAACAUAAUUUAUCACAACCUCAAGGCCCAAUAACAGUCGUUUCUGGUAAAACCAGAAGAAUCACUUUUAUAGAAUGUGGAAAUGAUCUGAAUAGUAUGAUAGAUUUAGGUAAAGUGGUAGAUUUAGAAACAUUCGAAUUCUUGAACAUCCUUCAGUCACAUGGUUUCCCCAAAGUCAUCGGUCUCUUGACUCAUUUAGAUCUCAUCAAAAAAGCAUCAACGCUGAAAGAUACCAAGAAAAGAUUAAAGCAUCGGUUCUGGACUGAGAUCUAUCAAGGAGCGAAAUUAUUCUCUUUAUCAGGAGUAAUGAAUGGACGUUAUCCAGAUGCUGAAAUCAACCUUUUAUCAAGAUUCAUCUCAGUGAUGAAAUUCCGUCCAUUGGUAUUUCGAAAUCAACAUCCUUACUUACUAGCUGACAGAAUACAAGAUAUGACUUCAAGACAACUGAUUAAAGAAAAUCCCAAAAUGGAUAGAACGAUAACUUUAUACGGUUAUUUAAGAGGACCUAAUUUGCCACCUAGAAAUGCAAAAAUACAUAUACCUGGUGCUGGUGAUUUAGAAGUCAAAGUAGUUGAGAGAUUAUCUGAUCCAUGUCCAUUGCCAACUUUGGAAUCUGAAAGGAGAAGGAAAAUGGGUGAAAAAGCCAAAUUAAUUCAUGCUCCAAUGAGUGAUGUAGGUGGUGUAAUGUAUGAUAAAGAUGCUGUUUAUAUAAAUGUCCCUGGAAGUUUCACAAAAGGUGGUGACGCACCUCAAGGUGAAGGUGAAAAGAUGGUUCUAGACCUUCAAGAUGCAAAUAAAACCUUUGCAGAUGGAAUUCAAAACUCGGAAAUCCGAUUGUUUGGUCAUUCAUCGGCGCCUCUUGAACACGUUCAACAACGGAUCAGAAGGGCUGCCGCGCCUAGAUCGGGAGGUCCAAUGCUCGGGGCAGCAGAUGAAGAGGACUACGACGACGAGGACGGUAAUGAAAAUGAAGAGGACUCCGAAGAUGAUGAUGGCGAAGGUCUUACUGGCGGCCUCAAUGACGAUUCCGAGGAAGAAGAAGGCGAUGUCAGAUACGCCGAAUCAGAUUCAGAUAACGACGACUUGCGACUCGCCACUGGCUUCCAGCAAGAUGGUAAGCGGAUAAAUAUUGAAGAUGGGGAGUAUGAUGACGAAGACGAUUUCGAAGAAGACGAAGAAGAUGACGAGGAAGUACCUAAAUGGAAGCAAAACUUGUCAGGUCGAGCGGCCUCAUCAUUUGCUGAACGUAUGGGAAGGAGACGGGAUUUGAUGUCCAUGAUAUACGGCUCCGAACUCUCACCAGAAGAAAUUGCAGCUGGAAAAACUCGACCUUCUUCCGCCGACGCCGAGUCAUCAAGUAUGGCCGCUCAAGAUGAUCUCUUCCAUGUAUCUCGAGAGGAAAACAAAGGAGAUGAAGGUGAUCAACUGAAACAGUUUGUAGAUAACGAGGCGUUAAAGGCGAAAUGGGAUGAUGAAGCUAUGUUGGAUUCUAUCAAAGAUAUGUUCAUAUCGGGACCUGUUGGAGAAGUGGAUGCUGAAGGUAAUCCCUACGAAGAAGAAGGGGAAGGAUUUGAGGAUAUUGAAGAUGGAGACGAAGAUGAAGAUGACGUUCCUUAUGUUGGCGUGAAACCUUCUGCUGGAGAUCAAGGUCAUGAAGCUGCACGAGCACAAGCUGCAGCAAAGAAACAAGCUGCCUUAAAAGCUAAGUUUGAUGAGCAAUACGACGAUGAUUCGGACGAAGAUGGAGACAAGAUGGAUUUCUAUGAUCAACAAAAGUCUGAAAUGGCUAAACAAAGACAAUUAAACGAAGAUGAAUUCCAAGGGUUAGACAUUGAUUCAAGAGCUCAAAUCGAAGGAUAUCGAUCUGGGAUGUAUGUCAGAUUAGAGAUUUCUGAUGUACCCUAUGAGAUGAUUGAACAUUUCGAUCCGAAAUUCCCGAUCAUCGUUGGAGGUCUAUUAGCUGCCGAAGAGAGGUUUGGUUAUAUCACUGUGCGAAUCAAAAGACAUCGAUGGUUCACCAGAACCCUCAAAACCAAUAAUCCAAUCAUAUUCUCCUUGGGUUGGAGAAGAUUCCAAUCUUUACCGAUAUAUCAUUUGGAUGAUCAUUCGAUUCGAAAUCGAUUACUCAAAUAUACACCCGAACAUAUGCAUUGUCACGCCACUUUCUAUGGACCUGUCUCAGCUCCAAACACAGGUUUCUGCGCUUUCAAUUCGUUAACUUCGGACGCACCAGGAUUCAGAAUUUCAGCGACUGGAGUCGUAUUGGAUAUUGAUCGAUCCACUAAAAUUGUCAAAAAAUUGAAAUUGACCGGUACACCAUAUAAGAUAUUCAAGAAUACAGCAUUCAUCAAAGACAUGUUCAAUUCCGCAUUGGAAGUCGCGAAAUUCGAAGGCGCAAAUAUAAAGACGGUUUCUGGCAUAAGAGGUCAAAUCAAGAAAGCUCAAGGCAAACCUGAUGGUGCCUUUAGAGCUACAUUCGAGGACAAAAUCUUGAUGAGGGAUAUCGUAUUCCUCAGAGCCUGGUAUUCUAUCGAACCUAAGAAACUGUAUAACCCAGUCUGCUCUCUACUUUUGGCGGAUAAAGGUGAAUGGAAAGGUAUGAGGUUGACAGGUCAGAUCAGACGAGAUGAGGGUUUGAAGACUCCUUUAGAUAUCAAUUCAGCUUAUAAGCCGGUUGAACGUACCACAAGGAGGUUCAAUCCACUGAAAGUACCAAGGAAAUUAGAAGCUUCAUUACCGUUCGCCUCGAAGACCAAAGCCUUGAAACCACAAAAGAAACCAACUUAUCUGCAAUCACGUGCAGUCGUGAUGACCGAUGAAGAGAAGAAAGCAGUUACUUUACUUCAACAGAUCCAGACUCUGAAGAAGGAUAAAGUGGCUAGGAGAAAGGAGAAACAAGAAGAGAGGAGACAAGAACAUAGAAAGAAAGUGGGUGUUGUCGACGCUAAGAAAGAUGACAAGAUGAAAGAGGAAAGAAGGGAAAGAUUCAAAAAGGAAGGUUUGAAGAGGAAAAGGGAUGAAGUGGCUGCUGAAGGUAGAUAUGGGAAGAAGAGAAAUGGUCACACGUAG